GAAAGCAGCAGCAGCAGACACAGCCUCGGGACCCUGCUGGAGCCCCCACUCCAAUCAGCCAGCUGUCUGUGAGCGAUGAAUGCUUCGUGCUGUCUGCACUCAGCUCAACCAAUGCUGCCUAACAGCUCAGAGCACAUCGCUGCCCCUUCCUUCAGCAACCAGAGCAGCAGCCGCUUCUGCGAGCAGGUCUUCAUCAAGCCCGAGGUCUUCCUGGCCCUGGGCAUCAUCAGCCUGCUGGAAAACAUCCUGGUCAUCCUGGCUGUGGCCAGGAAUGGCAACCUGCACUCCCCCAUGUACUUCUUCCUCUGCAGCCUGGCCGUGGCCGACAUGCUGGUGAGCGUGUCCAACGCCCUGGAGACCAUCAUGAUCGCCGUGGUCAACAGCGACUACCUGAGGUUGGAGGACCAGUUCAUCCAGCACAUGGACAACGUCUUCGACUCCAUGAUCUGCAUCUCCCUGGUGGCCUCCAUCUGCAACCUCCUGGCCAUUGCUGUCGACAGGUACGUCACCAUCUUCUACGCACUCCGCUACCACAGCAUCAUGACCGUGAGGAAGGCACUGGCCCUGAUCGUGGCCAUCUGGCUGGGCUGCGGCAUCUGCGGUGUGGUGUUCAUCGUCUACUCCGAGAGCAAGAUGGUCAUCGUGUGCCUGGUCACCAUGUUUCUUGCUAUGCUGCUGCUCAUGGGCACCCUCUAUGUGCACAUGCUCCUCUUCGCCCGGCUGCAUGUCAAGCGCAUCGCCGCGCUGCCACCGGCUGAUGGAGCGGCCCCGCAGCAGCACUCCUGCAUGAAGGGGGCAGUCACCAUCACCAUCCUGCUGGGGGUCUUCGUCUUCUGCUGGGCCCCCUUCUUCCUCCACCUCGUCCUCAUAAUAACCUGCCCCACCAAUCCCUACUGCGUCUGCUACACUGCCCACUUCAACACCUACCUGGUCCUCAUCAUGUGUAACUCCAUCAUCGACCCGCUGAUCUACGCCUUCCGGAGCCUGGAGCUGCGCAACACCUUCAAGGAGAUCCUCUGCAGCUGCAAUGGCAUGAACUUGGGAUAA